AUGCAGACAGCCGACCGAGUCCCCGGCCUAGGCGACACAAUGUCGACGCACUGCGUUGCCAUGCCGCCGACCGACCGACAACCCUACUCCCUGUUGCCAUGGCCACGAAAUGAAUGCGCCCAAUCGGCCAGACGAUAUGGGGAAGUACAGGCGGCCUCGCAACAUCGCUCGCCGGGAGGCGUGAGACCAGCGAUUGGCGAAGAGUUCUUUACAUCCGACGUACCGUUGAAGGACGACCGAAACAGAUCAGAAUUUCACAGAUCGCCUGGCAACAAGGCCAAUGAUGAACAGCCACUGUUGCGGAUAUACCCACUUCACGAGGAGGGCAGCAUUUGUGACAGUCAUCGGCUGGACGGGGUGAGUCUUCGCAUGUCUUUGGGCAUGAGUACACAUCUUUUAGGCAAUUUCAGGAUCAUGUCGACAAAGUACAUGUCCUUCCAAUUGUCAGGCGGCUGGUGGCCAAAUUCAGAUGGCGACUUUUGGGGUUCAUACCUCAUAAAAGGGUAG